AUGAGGCCUGGAGAGUCGACGAUCAUCAUCCCCAAGAAAUCCCAUGUCCCAAACUUACCUCACAAAAGGGAAGCUCUCAUGCGGCUUUUCCCUGAACAUCUGCAGCGUUUAUCGGGCCAACCAGCAUUAACAGACAUCUCAGGGCAGGCGGUGAAGGUCGUGGAAGACUGGAGUACGGAGGAGGAUGCAGAGAUGGAGGAGGUCGAUGAGGUUUGA